AAACAGGGACGUGAAUUCGUAUAGUAGGAGAGGGAGAGACUAGGAAGAUAAAUCACACAAAAUCUAUAUUUAAAACGAUAGAGACCUGACUUCAUAAAUCCAGUAUCUGAACUCACGUUGUACGUUCUAGUUGCACAUAUGAACUUUACUAAACGAUGAAAAUGCACCGCUCGAUCUUCCUCGGGAGGAAAAAUAGAAGACCGACAUCCCCUCCCUUGAAACAAAGGUCAAAGUUCACAGGAAGCUGGGGGGCUGCCAUUUUUCCUUGCAAACAUUUUUAGAUGUAAAAGAGACAAGGGUGGUCGUCGUUGAGUGUAUACUAUAUAUGUUUUCUUUUUAAGAUUUUCUGUAUUCAAGUAUCCCACCCCUUUCUAGACGCGUCGUUGUUGAAUGAAGACGAGAUGGAAAGGAUAGCGGAGCAAUCGUGGAAUUCGUCCUACACCUACCAGGUGAGCAAGCACAGCGCUGAGAUGCUACACAACCUUAACGUCCAGAGAAAAGAUGGAGGAAGGUUUUGCGAUGUGAUCUUACGUGUCGGAGAAGAGAGCUUCCCUGCUCAUAAGGCGGUGCUAGCGGCGUGUAGUGAAUACUUCGAGUCGGUAUUCAGUUGCCAGGCAGAAGGCGACGGCGAGGCGAAGGAGUUGGAGAUGCACACCAUCAGCCCCAAAGUUUUUAAAGAUAUUUUGGACUUUGCGUAUACCUCUAAAAUUGUGGUACGGCUGGAAUGCUUCCCUGAACUGAUGACAGCGGCAAAGUUUCUGUUGAUGCGCUCGAUCAUCGAGAUCUGUCAGGAGGUAAUUAAGCAAUCAAACGUACAGAUUCUGGUUCCUCCCUCACGAGGGGACCUCAGUUUGUUUCGCACCUCUGGGGGAAGCGAGCUAGGCUACCCGUUGCCUUUGGAUAUGUCGAACGGGGCCGGGUUGGUAACGAAUGGUUCCAUGUUUGGUAGUAAUGGACAGACACAUGAUGUUGAUGGCAGCCAUGCCAGUGGUCCGGUUUUGUCGACUGGCAGUUCCCAGUCUGCCUUGCCAGUGCUGCAGACUGUCGACAGGCUACCUGUGACUCCACCAGAACUGACCGGGAACCAUUUUCAAGGAGGUAAUUCAGGGUCUGGUAACAAGAGAGGCAGAGGGAGACCAAAGAAAGUACCAGCCAUGGAGCCUUCACUUUUUAAUCACAGCGUUCCUAAGGACCUCGGACUUUUCCCCUGCGGAAUUUGUGGGAAGAUAUUUACAGAGGCAGUGCGUUUGCGAAAUCACGAAGCACAGCAUGCUGCAUCUAGUGGUCUGCACAGCGGCGGGGUCAACAACAGCGGGGACAGCUCAGUUGGUGUGGGCGGCCCAACCCUGUUACCUCAUGCCCAGUCAGGGCUACUGGAGAAUGGACUGGUCCUGCACGGUGGCGUGGAUACAAGUCGCAAAAGGGAGAGAACGAGACGUCAUGUCGGUUGUGACAUUUGCGGGAAGGUAUUUCGCGACGUGUAUCACCUGAAUCGACACAAGCUGUCUCACUCUGGUGAGAAGCCAUAUGCCUGCCCCGUGUGUGGCCUACGGUUCAAGCGGAAAGACAGAAUGUCUUAUCAUGUGCGUUCUCACGACGGCUCCGUGGGCAAACCAUACGUCUGUCAAAGCUGCGGGAAGGGCUUCUCCAGACCUGACCAUCUGAAUGGACACAUCAAACAGGUCCACACAUCCGAGAGACCCCACAAGUGCCAGAUCUGCAAUGCCUCCUUUGCUACUCGGGACCGCCUGCGCUCCCACUUGGCCUGCCACGAAGACAAAAUUCCAUGCCAGGUGUGUGGGAAGUUCCUGCGGGCUGCUUACAUGACCGACCACCUCAAGAAACACAGUGAGGGUCCACAUAACUACUGCAGCAUAUGCAACAAAGGUUUCUCCACUGCAUCCUACCUUAAGGUGCAUGUAAAAACGCACCACGGCUCUUCUCUGCUACCUGCUGCCGCCGCGCACUCCUACCCUGAGCCCCGUGAGCCCCAGACGCACAAUGGUGCCCCCUACCACUCAGGACGCCAGUGCGCAGUGGAAGACCUAUGUACCAAUCGCCGGCUGCUGGUCGCAUUCCCGGAGGCGGAGGGCCGUUUUCGCGGGCUCGCUGGGCCCCCAGUGCUGCCUCCGCCCUGUCCUCCCAGCCUGGGCCUGCAGCCUGAGCUGCUACUGGGCAAACCAGGUGGGGCUCCCUAUUUCUGGGAGUGUCGUGCUGCCGGGGCACCGGGCUUCCCCACCCAAGGGCCCCUCGCAGACGGGCAGGAGGAUGCAGAGAAGUGCCCUCACCAGGACUCUGAGAGCUCAGAUGCCUCAUUUGGUGAUCUCUCUGAUGGGGGAGAGCUAAAGUCCCAGCACAAGGCAGAGGAGGAUGGGUUGGGGGGGUUUGCCUGUAGUAGUGGUGGCAGCCGGGGCCCAGCUGCGGGGGGCAGCAAACACAAAGGUGACUCUGACAAGAAGCAUCCCUGUACCGAUUGUGGCCAGGCCUUUCGCUCCAAGUCCUACCUCAACAAACACCUGCAGCGGGUGCACGGUGGAGGGGUGCUGAAGGGGGGUGCUCUCGGAGAGCUGGCCCCCUCCCUGGGCGCUCCCUUCUCCCCCCAACAGAACAUGUCCUUACUGGAGUCCUUUGGCUUCCAGAUCGUCCAGUCAGCCUUUGCAUCCUCGCUAGCUGACUCUGAGGCUAGCCAUAGUGGCAUGGGUAUGGGGAACAAGUGAGCCGGGUCAGGGCACACACCAUUCAUGCCAUUGCUGGGGUCUUUCCCAAGACUACUCUCUGAUGUCCAUAACUCCUCCGUUGCUCUUCUGUACCUCUGUCUUCCCCCAUUAUUUUAUCCUGGUUUCUAAAGUGUAUGGCUAACAGACUGUGUGAUUAUGGAAUAUUUUUUUUUACUAUUGUCAGAGCAGAAUAAAAAAUGUACAUAAAUACAUUCAUAUAUUUUCUUGUUAAUUUUAAACAGCCAGUGACAUUCUUAGGUCUGUUUCCCAAGUAUUGUGUAAAGUAAUCUUUGCAACACACUAAAACAACACAGCUGUAAUUACACUGAAACAUGCAGCCAAAACUGUAUACUACAUCCAUAUGGAUCUCAUGGAUGCUCAUCUGCUCUGGUACCUGCUGUGUAUGUCUGUGUGAAUAAGUGUGACAAAGAAAAUUAGAGGGCGAGAAGGGUUUAGCCUCUGUCCUCAUUCAACAUUUUAUGGGCAAUGCAGAUUAUACCAUGGAACUAUUGAACCAUAAGUAUUUUAACUUCAAGUAGUUAACCCAUACAAAAUUGAGGUUUCAGUCUGAUGGGGGUGAAAUAUGCUCCCUCAGAUACACACACGUCUGGUAAGAGUGCACUUUUUAUGUAUUAAGUACUACAGUGGUACUCUACAAAUACAAAGGGGGACAUUUAGAAUUAAGUGUUUAUAGCCAUUGGGGAUAGAAUGGUGAAAAAAACAUUACAUUAAAGCAACUUAUCCAAACUACACUGGCAUGUUUCCAUGAAUCAACCUAAGAAAAAAAUUUAUCUGCAAGUCCACCAAUAGGUGAGACACUGAUUGAGUUACCACCAAGACCUCAAAGUCUCCUGAAGACAUGGAAUCCAACAAAUAUAUUAUUGGAGAAGAGAUUCUAGCUCUGCACUAAAUGUAAAAAUAUACAUUUAUGGCUCUGUUGCAAUUGCCUUUGUUCAGUGUAUUAGGAAAUGGUACAGGUGUACAACCAUUGGAUCAUCACAGGUGCUGAGUACAACGGUGCGAUGUGGGAGUGAAAUGAAGAUCUGCAUGCUGUCUCAUAUUUUCAAAAAUGUUUCAUGGACAAAAAGCAAAUGUUCAACUUGUAAGGAGACCACACAAAGACCUCUGGUCAAAAGGUCAUCUGUUCAUUAAAUACUUCAGGAAGCAUCAAACAAUAUGUAGAAGCUCAUUUCUCUCCUACUUUGCUUCUAUUUAUAUAAAUAUGAUCACUGAACAUUUAUUUUACAUUAGGUAACAAGUGUCACCUAAUGUGAAAUAAACAAGGAAUGUGCAGAGGGACCAAUUAUAAGCUUGACAGUUAGAAGUGGUGAAGAUCUAGACGUAUUGCUGAAUCUUACUGACCAGACAGAAAGCAGUUUGCUCAAGAAUACUUUUGAAGAUGUAUGAACUAUGUGAAAUGCUCUUAAUUAUGCCUUGUUCUGUACGUCUGCCACUCCUGGAGAGAAUGUGUGAGAGAUGGUCCAGAAGUCCAGAUAACCAGAAUAUUUACAUAGUUUCCUUUAAGUUGGCAAAAAAGAAUUUUCUGCUUGUUGUA